AUGAACCCAGACACAGAAGAUGACUUUUAUCAAUCGGAGGAUGAUUUGGAUGAAGAUGAGUCAACGAAAUAUAUAAUUGAACAAAGUCUGAUUCAGUACAGAAAGCUCAAAGGAUUGAAUCCAAGUGAUCUGAAACCAAGUGAAGACCCUGAUGAGAUUUUCAAAGCAAUCAAGGAGGGUGAUGAAGAUGCACUGAACAGAAUGGCAGUGCAACCAGAGACCCUGUCCAGAGUUGAUGAACGAGGAUGGAUCCCACUUCAUGAGGCUGCAGUGCAAGUUAAUAAAAGGAUCCUAGAGAUCAUCUUCUCAGCAUCACCCCCAGGUGCAGCCCAUUGUCGUACUCUUAAGGGUGAGACGCCGCUGUUUCUGGCCGUGGUUCAUGGAGUCAGAGAGAACGCUACAUUCUUGUUACAGAACGGCUGUAGCCCGGAUCUCCAGAAUGAUGAGCAGGAUUCUCCAUUAGUGGCAGCUAUUCUGAAUGACCAGUAUGACUUGGCCACACUAUUGCUUCGCUACAAUGCCAAAGUUGACCAAAUAGGACCACUUGACAGGACAGCCCUACAUGAGUGUGCCUUUUUAGGCCUGGAGAACUUUGUCUAUCUUCUCCUAGAGUCUGGUGCCAACCCAAAUGCAUGUGACAUCAAAAAGAAAACUCCACUGGCUCUGGCUGCACAGAAUGGGCAUCUGAAUGUGAUGGAGGUCCUGUUAGAGAAAGGAGCCCAUGUGUGGUGUGAAUCGGAGUCAGGCACGAUCUUGUUUGAUGCUGCAGCAUCAGGAAAUCCUGACAUAAUCUCCUUGCUGUUGGACCAUGGAGCUGAUCCCAAUCUACCUCUUUACAGUGGGCACCUGCCAAUUCACCGUGUGGCCUACCAUGGACACAUACUGGCAUUGGAGCGUCUCAUCCAAGUGACUAAGCUGGAUGCUGUUAAGGAAAGCGGGAUGAGUCCUCUCCAUUCUGCAGCUGCUGGGGGACAUGCCCGUUGUGUGGAGAUGCUGCUCAAAGCUGGCUAUGAUCCAAACUUCAUGCUGCACCCAAGGGUGCGCUGCAACUAUGAUGACGAGCGCAGGUCUGCCCUCUUUUUUGCUGUGUCCAACAAUGAUCUUCAGUGCACCCGCUUGCUGUUAGAGGCUGGGGCAAUGGUGAACCAGGAUCCUGUCAACUGUUUGCAGGUGGCUCUUAGACAGGGCAACUAUGAACUGAUCAACACAUUGCUGAAGUCUGGGGCAAAUGUAAACUACUACUCCCGUGUCAACACCACUCACUUCCCCUCAGCACUGCAGUACGCCUUGAAAGACGAGGUCAUGCUUAGAAUGAUUCUUAACCAUGGAUAUGAUGUUAAGCGCUGCUUUGACUGUCCCUAUGGUGACAGUUCCCAUGACUACGCUCCUUGGAUGACCUCGGUCAUCAAAGACAUGGUGUUCUGUGAGGUGAUAACAGUGGCGUGGCUUCAGCACUUAUCUGGUCAGGUGGUGCGUAUCAUGCUCGACUACACCGACCACGUUACCUUCUGUACCAAACUUAAGGACACCUUGACUGAGCAGAAACAGUGGCAGGAGAUCUGCCACAUUCAAAGAAAUGCACGAAGUCUGAAGCACCUGUGUCGGUUGCGGCUAAGGGAGCAUCUCAGUCGCCUGCGUUUGAGAGCUCCAGUUUUCAUCAACUUCCUUCCUCUUCCUCCCUUACUGAAAGAUUACCUACGCUACAAGGAGUUUGAUGUCUACAGCAGGGGCAGCAUGGUUAACCUAUAGUGAAAACACAUUUAUUGUUGUCACAGAUACCACUGUGAUAGAAGGACAAAGACAGUCAGUAUCCAUUAUUUGUUUGCCUUAAUAUUGUGUGCUUUGGAAAUUGUGUAGUUUUCCAAGUACAUGUUUUAUGUAGGCUACUUAAUGCCUUACAAUAGUAUUUGUACAAAGCUGUAUGAACUUUUGAGUUCUGUCUUUUAAUAGCUACAAUGACAUGCCUCAUGUAAAGAUUUC